CUACAGGAGAGCCACGGUCUCUGUGGUCGCCAUUGGAGUGUGGAAAUUUGAUGUGAAAGCCGUUCCCAUUCAGGAUAAGGUAGCUCCAGGGAUGCCUUUACUCUCUCUCUCUGUCUCUGCCUACAAUACGCUUAGAUGAAAUCCCAAUUAAGUUGCCUCAGGCAGCUUGCCACGCCUCCAGUCAGCCGUAACGCUCACACACACAAACGGAGAGACUCUUUAGCGAGUGGCAAAUGCGGCAUGUUGACAAUUAGUCCUUUAAAUUAAGUGGGUGGAUCCGGGCUGCCGCAAGGAAGGGCGGAUGGGUGGAUGGGUGGAUGGGCGGUGUGCGUGUCCUUCUAUUGUGUAGCUCCCAAUGUAAUUGAUUGUGCUUUUCACUGCUGCCCCACAUUGCAGGCGAGCACGGGUAAAGUUGGAGCCCACCGGGAGCCCAGGCGGAGCCUGUGGCGGUGGCUGUGGCCGAGGCUUUGGCGGAGGCUGUGGCUUAAGGUGUUUUGGUAUUUGGCUUUGUGACCGGCGGACAAUGAGACGAAAGCCGAGUAAUUAAGACAGAGACAAACACUCGGGGAAACCACUUAGGGCCAAGCACCAAGCAAAAAGGAAGAGAGCCAGCGAGAAGCACAAAGGACAAAGGUCAUCGAGCCACUUGGCUCGUGUUUAUGCUCCUUUUAUGCUGCAACUUCAUUAAAUUUUACUUUUACGAGCACAACAAAUCCUUAAAAACAUCUCAGAGCCGGCCACGCCCCUCCAGCCCCUCAUCAGUAGAUAUCUGUAGCUGGACAACGGCAGUUUUAAUUACUUUCUGCAUAAAUUUGCGCUCAUUUCCUGCUUUUUCUCGCUUUCUUUUUAUACACUACCAUAAAGGCAUUGCCAAGGCUGGAAGGCGUCCUUUAUUGUACAGCAGGCAGUGUCUAUCUAUCAAUGAACCGAUCAAUCCUCAGGGUAUGUUAUGCUUCGACAUCCGAAGCAGCAUUCUCCUCUGGACUCUGGCUAUGUCUGGCCUUAGCCAAAUGGAAAAACAUUUAGUUACAAGCUGACAUAGCCUGUAUGUAUAUGUACAUGCCAUACAUAUAGGACAAGGCAUGAGUACGAGUACGAUUAUAUACAGAUAUUCUCUCUGAAAUUAUGCAAAAGAAAAACGCGAUGGUGUCCUCCCCGACUGUGGGACUGUGUAUUUUGGCUAUAAAGGGAGUUUGGUGGCGUUCGCUUUAUGUCCGACACUUGAUGGCAGUGUGCGCGGCUCCUAGUGCUCCCUUUUGGCCAACUGGCGGCUCUGGCUCCGGCUCCCCACUCCCGGACAUGUGUGAGUGUCCUUUCGGGCGGGCACUCUCUGUCGGAGUCUGCUGGCAAAUUGUUAUUUAAUUAUGGCAUCCUGGCUCGUAUCCUAAACAGCAGCAGAAGUAGCAGUCGUAGCAGGUUGGAGACGGAUGCCACCGACUGGUCACGUACUGGAGUAAUGGCAAAUAAAUCAACAGCGGAAGCGUUGCAAGUGACGUGCCACUGGUGUGGUUUGGGUUUCGGGUUUUGGGCCCCUUUUUCCUUUCCCUUCGCUCACCUGAGAAGGAUGCUGCCCUUUUCCUUCUAGGACGCAACAGAGCGUGAAAUGAUUGACUUUAAAGUCAAAUUGCGCAAUUUAUGUUACAGGUCGGAGCCAGAGGCGUGGCCGGAAAUGAGCUUUGGACGGGAACGGGCCACGGGCCAUAGGUCACAUCCCAGUCACGGCUUGGCAUGACAUUCAAUUAACUCGAUGCCCGGAUCCGCAGGUCGCUCCAGCAGUUCGGAAAUUAUUCCACUGGUAGUCUGACAGUUGCAUUUGCCUGUGGCCUGGCAACUGCCAUUUGGAAAAAGUCCUUUCUACCAGAGGUGUCGGCGGUUAGAGUUUGAGUCAGAAAUAAUUUGCUUCUAGUCACAGCACAACUUUCAGUUGCAUGUUUAAGUCAGUAAGCGAAAAGUUUGGCCAAAGUUGGAGUCCUGUCUUGUCCUGCCCGGUCCUCAGUCGGAACCGAACCUGACAGCUGCCGGCUGUGAUUAUCAAAUCAAGAAAUAAUUGCUUGCUUGUCUUGGCCCAUCAUCGUUCCCAUCACCAUCAUCACCCUCAUCAAAAUGGAAUGUUUCUGCUUGAUUUAAGCCUGCUUUCGAGCGGGGAAGCACUCGUACGAGUAUGUGACCUAAAUCCUGCUCAAACACGCGCCUCUGUCAGGUCUCUGUACUUGUCCAAGGACACAGAUAUGGCACAGACACCUUCACGUCUGUGCAGAUUUUGCAGAUGAGCUGCAGCUGAGCUCCACCUCCACCUCCAGCUCGUAAAUAGUUUUCAUUUGUGGCCAAGCAAAUGUGUCAAUAUUAAGUUAGCCGACAAGCAGCAUUAAGGCGCUUUGCGGGAUGUCCCUUAGCCUGGGAUUCCGGUCGGUGAAUGGAGCGAGAAGCAAUUUCUUAUCCUUUAUCAAGGCAACUGUCGCACUCAGAGACGCUUGUGUCUGUCUGUCUAUCUCCCUGUGAGUGUGUGUGUGUGUGGCUUCGUAAGUGCUGUAAAAUGUUCGCAAAAUCCACUCAAGCUCACAAAAGUCACUUGCCUGACAGCAGGUGGAAAGCAGGUGGCACUGAAGACAUCCCAACUUUAUCCAAGGGGAUGGGCUCCAUUUUUACAUUUUCAUGGCUUCCCCCGGAUUACCUUUUUCCCUACUCUUUCGCUCUCCCUUCGGAUAACUUCCCCCUUUUCUCGGGCACACAAAUAAAGCUGACAGUUAAUCCGUAAUUGAUCUGGAAAAAAAGGUACGAUUAUGAUAAUGAAGCUGACAACGACAAUGUCGCCUCUUAAGGAAAGCCAUCACCUCGUCAAACAGCUCAAGUGCCCGAAAAAACCCCUCACUGAGGAGUGUUGAGGGAGUCACGUGUUCUUGACCUGCUUGAGGUCCAGCUAAAGCUCCACCCAAGGAGCCGCAGGAAUUUAAAUUCUUAUUUACCGAUAAUAAAACGAGCGAAAGGAAGAGAAAGAGGAAGUCUUUUGCGUCGAGUAUUCCGAAUGGAAUAUACCCCCGCUCUUCAGAUUUCAUUUUGUUGCACAAAAGUGGAAUUUAAUAUGCGUAAGACAAAAGAAGAACAAAGAGAAUAUCUUAUGGGUUGCUGGCAUAUCAUCCUCUUUGCUUUUAUGGCUUUAAUGCAUUUUUGAAAGAGAUGAGUUUUAGUUGGAUUGGUAGAUAAUAUCUAUUAAACAGCAACAUCGAGGAGUCGAACCAAAGGAGUAUACCAUCUACGUCUCUUUUUUUGUGCUGUAACACUAGUACAAUUUCAACUGAGGUACAAUCUAAAGGGGUAUAAUCUUUACGACCCUGUUACAUCCGUCUAAACAAACAGCAUAUACCCGAGUGCGUUUCUCGAUUACGUGUCAUGAAAAAUGUCCUUGGUCUGGGGAAAUUCGUUUAUGGAAAUGCGUAAAACGCAAAGAAAUUUGCAACUUACCUAAGCAGCAAUAAGGCGAGGGAUAGAGAGAGAUCAUAAAUAAAACAAUAUCAUAUGAAUGCAUAUUAUUACACUUUUGUCCCGGGCUUGUGUGUGAUGGAGUGUGUGAGAAUGGGAAUGUGGAUGAAAGGAUGAGACGGGGCUUUUGCGACAAGUAAACAAAAUAUUAUUUGCUUUUUGCCACGCAAUUGUCAGACAGAUAGAGGACCCAGAGACAGGUCACGUCCUGCCAGGAUAUGCAAAUACUCGAGUGUGUGUGAGUGUCGUUAUAUACAUAUCCUUGUUCCCGCAUCUUGCAGCACACAGGAUGAUGAUUGUCAAAGUAAUAGGAGAGCAAGUGUAGCACAAGCCCACCCGCCAGCAGCAUAAGCCAAAAGUGAGGGGAAGACCACGACCUACGCCAGGAGCAUACCAAAUGUCAGUCGGCAAGUGCGCAAGUUUUCCUAGACGGCACUGCCACGGCAGUGGCAGCCCAGCUUGAGCCUUUGCGGCAGACACAGACACAGACAGUGAAAAGUUGCCACCAGCAGCCUCAAGCGAAGGAGCACCCACCACAAGAGCAACAACAACAACAGCCACACAGAGAUGGAGGAGACUGCAGCAGGACCUGCGACGAAGAAGAGUGGCACCACACUAUCCGUGGAUCGGGCCGCGUUCCUCCUCCUGCGCGUCCGGAAGGCGUUCAAGAAGAAGCGACAGCAGCGAAAAGAGCGACAGGCCCAGCAGAGCAGCGCCGCUGCGGGUGGCAGUGCGGGUGGCGUUGGCAGCGGAGGCGGCGGCUCUGGGUCGCAAUCACGGACGGGCAGCCGCAAGCUGCCGCCGCCAUUGUUAAGGUCGCGCACCCUGCCCGCCAUCAUUGUGCCAGGACUUCCGGUCGUCUCGCUGCACACGGAUAAGCAAACAUUUCAAUUGGAGGAGCGACUGUUGGGCAGCAAGAGCCGAAGUGGCAGCGCCAGUGGCCAUCGCUGGUCACUGCUCACCCGUGCCGGACACAGCGGUGGUGGUGGUGGUGUUGUUGCUGCUGGUGGUGGUGGCACCGGCAAUCCUGGCAACACCACCAGUGCCACAAGCAGCAGCAACAACAACAACAACACUCAUCUGGUCAACAACAACAACACACUGAUGGUCAAGUCAUUGAAUUUGCCAAAGGAUGAUAGCAAUCUGGUGUAUCGUCGCAAGUCCUCGGGCAGCACACCGCACCACCACCAGACCACGCACUCCACACUGCAGCAACAGCAGCAACAGCAACAGCAACAGCAGCAGCAGCAACAGCAUCAGGUGCAACAUUUGGGGGACAGUUCGUUGUUCCAGCUGUCGGAUGAUUUUGAGUGUCAUGCGGAUGGCUCUCUGCUGCUCAGGAUCCCGGCCCCACAUGUGGUGGCAGCGCGUGCCUAUCGUCUGGCAGCCAGAAAGCGUGCCGCAGCCAGCUCGGAGGCCACCACACCGCUGGCCAGAGAGCACACCCUCCACGAACUACCGCUGGCCGAGGCAUCGGCAGCAUCUGGCUCUGGCUCUGGCUCCGGUUCGGGCACGACCUUCACUCGCCUGGCUAAACUGCUGCAUCAAUCAAGUGGCUUCUCCGGCAGAUCCAAUCUGCGGCCGCCGCCCGGUGACACCACGUCUGUGAGUCUGGGACUCGGUCUGGGUCUGGGCGAGGAUGCGCCCCGUCGUCUGUCCUGGGAGAGACGCAAGGACAGCAGUGCACUCCAGCGCUCGGCCAGCAUCGACUCCUUUGCCGAGAUUGUGUUUAGUGACCUGCCGCGCCCCUCGCUGGCCGUCACGGCGCCAGGUGGUGGUGGUGGUUCCCCCUCGCCGUUCAGCAAGCGGCCCUCGGCCAGCAGUCUCUACUCGACAUCCUCCUCCGGCACCACAUUCGGCGCCCAGGCGCAGGCCCAGCUGAAUGUCAAUUACGGCGACCUGGGCAUCGGCUCUGGAGCUGGCUCCGCGACGGGGUCGAGUGGCGGCCACCUCCACCACCAGCACCAUCCAGGAAACGGGAGCAGCAGUGCCAGCAGCAGCCGGCGGGAGAGCAUGCUGAGUCCAUCCUCCACCAGACGCUCCAAGCUGACCAGAAUUAUAAACGGUGAGUGCUGUGACAGGGAAAGGGGCAUGGGAUUCCUACUUAGUUACAAAUGCAGCACGGGCAAUGCGUGCCAUAUUGGUAGGGAAGUGGCAGUGGUCCUCGUCAUCAGUGGCUCAUCGGAUCCGUGCGGCGGUUUAUUUAUUUCGCUGCAGCCACCUGAUUGAAAUUCAAAUGCGCACUCGAGCGGACCGGGUGGGCUGCCCGGAAAGGAGCGGCAUUAAAUCGAUUGCCACUUGGACAAAGAGCUCACUUUUCGGCAGUGGCUCACGGCUCAAAUCUCAGAGCUCGAAGUUGAGCGAUUUCCCAGCAGGACUCCGAGCGGAAUAAAUCAGCUAAACUAAACAAAAAUUGAAACAUUAUGUACCAUUUUCAAGGUUUAACUAUACCAUUCUCCACCAGCUCAAGCGGAAAGGAAAUUUCACAAGUUUCAGGCGCCUGAAAGUUCAGUUUGUUGAAAG